AUGAAACCAUGCCCCAAUGGGCUCAUGCAGAGACUAAGAAACCAGGUGAAACUCCAUAACAUGCAUUGUAGUAUUAACAGUUCAGAACACCACCUGUCAACGUUUCAAGAUGUUAAAGAAACCCAAUUGGACAAGCGGCAAGUUGUUGCACCCCAUGAUACCCAUGUUCUGUUUCUUGGAAAGACAGAGCAUGAGGAGCUUCGAGCUCAAUCUCCUCUUCAGAGAAAUAGCUUAGCUUCACUUGACCAAAAGCUGGCCAUGGCAAAGCGCUGCUCUCAUGAAGGAGUAGUUGCAGGAGCUAAAGCAGCUGUUCUUGCUACCAUUGCCACUGCCAUUCCAACUAUGGCUAGUGCAAGGAUGUUGCCAUGGGCAAGAGCCAAUCUGAAUCACACAGCUCAAGCUCUCCUAAUUUCAACAGUUGCUGGAGCUGCAUAUUUUAUAGCUGCUGACAAGACUAUUCUUGCCACUGCAAGAAAGAACUCCUUCAAGACUCCCUCUAACAUGAAGGCAUGA